AUGGCUCGCCUAUUAUGUUUUAUAACUCUGUUUCUGUUUUUCAAUGCAGAGGCUAAUUGGGUUGCAGAAUAUGGGCCCUUUAAAACUUUUUUAUAUUCUGAUUGGAUAACAUGUGAUCGUAAUACGAGUAAGCAAAUUGAACUAGAAGUGGAUGAUGCACAAGUAUUUUUUUAUGAUUUUCAAAACAAUAUCAAUUAUACUCACACGAUAAGCUACGCAGCGGAGACUUUAAAUAAUCUUUACAACUUAGAUGUUACGCGACGGCUUAUAGUCUUCGUCCCCGGGUAUAAGUCGCACAUCAAUCGAAACGCCCCAGAGCUUAUAAAGGCUGCCUUCAAAGAUGUACCAAAUAUUUAUCUUGUAGUAAUAGAUCAUUCGAUUUAUACGUCAUCUAAAGGGGGACGACUAAAAAGUUACGAGCGUUCCGUCACUUAUACAUAUCCUUUAGGUGUCAUUGUUGGAGAUUUUUUAGCUAAGUUGAGGAAUGUGGGAUUUUCGUCCAAAAAUAUUCACUGUAUCGGUCACAGUUUGGGAGGACAAAUUUUAGGCUACGCGGGUACAAAAUACUUUAAUGUUACGGGAGAAAAAAUAUGGAGAAUUACCGGAAUCGACCCGGCGGGACCAUGCUUUUCCAAUUCAUUAAUUGGCGAACAAUUAAGAUCUGGAGUUGCGGAAUAUGUUGAAGUUUAUCAUUGUAAUGCGGGAGGCUUGGGAACAACCAGCGUUCUAGCUGACAUAGACUUCUUCAUUAACAAUGGAAAAGUUCAGCCAAACUGUGACGGAAGUUUUCUCUCGUUAGGGGACUCAGAUGCGAAAUGCAGUCACAAAUCUUGUGUGAAAUAUUGGACAGAAACAGUUCAACAUCCUGGAUGGUAUUUGGCCUGGAAAUGCGAUUCAUACAAGCUGUUUUCGGAAGGAAAAUGUGCUGGUAACGAAGUGACCAUCGGUGGAUAUACAAAUCCAGGUAAUUCUACUGGUGUGUUCUAUCUUUCUACUGAGACUUAUGGGGUUUUUUAA